AUGCUUGACGAUCUUAUUAUUUAUUGUGUAGAGGAAAUCGCCUUUGAAGGAAACGAAGGUUGUGAGAUUGAUAAAUUAUGGGAAUUUGUUCAGGACUUUUUCAAUCAACGUUCCAAGAAAAUAGAACAUACUUUCUUACCGAACUUUUCCCAAAUACCUAAUAUUGAUGACUCCUUUAAAGAGUUUUGUUGGAAGGAGUUUGUUGAUGUAAAUAAUUUGGAGUUUGGAGUGUGUACUCCAAACACAAUUCAACAGCAAACAACCAAAUCAACAAAAAAAAACACACAAAAUAACUCUAAAAUAGAUGAACUAUUUAAAUUUGAAGAAGUUAAUGUCAAUGAUAUGACAAUACAAGAUAUUAAAGAUGAAUAUGGUGAAAAUUUUAGGAUAAGAGCUUCUCCUGAAUUCCAGAAAGAAAUAAUUUAUGGACAAGUUGAUACAACAAGAACUGUUACAGCACAAGCUUAUAAAAUUUUACAACUUAUUGCAAAACAAAGAAGCUUGGGUGCAACACAAUCUGAUAUGUCAAAAGAAUUGAAAAUAGAUCCAAGAUCAUUUUUUCAUUAUUUAAAAACUCUUUGUAAUUAUGGAUUGAUUGUUAAACUUCCAGUCGUUACAAAAGGGAUACAUACAAAUCUUUGCAUUUUAAAAAGGUGUGCAUCACAAAAUCCUGCUUAUUCAGGAAAAACUGUUUAUUUGCCCUCAAGAAAAACAAUCGCAAAUUUGAAACCGGGUGAACCAGCGUUUACCUUUGAUCCGACUGAUAAAAUAAGUUGCGGUGUAUCUUUCAAUUCUGAAUUAAUAAGGAUAAGAAUGACUGAAAUUUUAAGCAAGGCUAAAAAUAAAGUUAUGUUGGCAACAGAUUUAAUGAUGAUGUUGUAUGGAGUUCAUAAUCCAACCAGGAAACAACGUCGAUUUUUUAAUCGAACAACGGGAAUUUUAACUGCCCAAGGAUUUAUUGAAAAAAUACAUGUCCCAAAAAAAAAUGCAUUCAAACAAAUGGAACGGUGUUUUAGACUCAUCAAAUUAUAUGAAAAAAUUAAAGAAUCUGAUUUGGAUAAAGGAAAGAAGCUUGCUUUGACAACCACCGAAAAAAAUUCUUCAAAAUUGCAAAUAAGUUUACAAAAAUUAAUACCUGGAAUGCUAACUGAAUUACCUUUGGAUUAUCAAGUUUAUCAAUUGAUCCAAUACGCUGGAAACCAAGGAAUAACUGCUGCUGUUAGAAGAAUAAGGCGCUACCGGUAUUUCUCAUUGGAAGCAUUUAAAAAAUUUGCAUCAGAUAAUAAGCUUCAAUUAUCAGAUGAUGAAAAAAUUGAACUAGAGGCGGUACAGCCUCUGGAAUCUCAACUUUGCUGGGAUCCAUUAAUAAAUAUUGUUCAAUGUUAUGAAUAUGGAAAUAUGGAAGUCGAUGAUGAUUUCUUGCCAGAUAAAAAAACUAGAGAACGCCGUCUAAAGAGAAAAAAGAAAAAAUUGCUCGGCAACAAUAAUAACGAAGUUGUUGCUACGGUUGAACCAGAAGUUCCUAAAAAAAGAGGACGUCCAAGAAACAAUGAUACAGACGCAUCAUCAUCGAAAACUAAAAAAUUAAAUUGGGACGUCUAA